UUCAAAUGUUUUAGAUUUUAUUUCCCCAUGUUCAAACAGCAUUACUUAUUUUUGACAGAAAGGGACUGCCCUGUGAGUGCAAACCUUGGCAUGUCCUCCUCUGUCCCUGUUGCUGCUUGAGGCUUUGGAUGUCCUUGAGAGGGCCCUGGAGGUUCCUGUGGGCCCCCAUGUCUCCGAGGCUGUAGACAACGGUGCCUCGGUUGCAUCCUCACCUUGCUGUAGCUCACAGACAGCCUCUGAGUCGGAGAGGGAUUAUUAGCUGCCGAGAAAUCUAAUAUAUAUAGAUUUGAUUGUCCAGCUUCACACAGUCAGCCACAGACAAUGUCUAAACCUUAUACAGCCUCUGGUCAAAACCCUGAGGAAAACUCUGGUUGCAUAUAUUUUCUUUUUAGAUGAUGGGCCAGGCUGCAGAUCACCUCCUCAGUGCUGCGUGAUAUACAGUAUACAUUUCUUCACUGAGCAGAGCAAUGCAAGGGUGAAAAAUGGAGACUGAAGAUAUUUUGGCCUUCUUUUUCGCCAAGGUGGUCCGACCUAACAUCUGAAACAACACCAUGAACUGGGCCUUCCUUGAGGGCCUCCUCAGUGGGGUGAACAAGUACUCCACGGCGUUCGGUCGCAUCUGGCUCGCCAUCGUUUUCAUCUUCAGGCUCUUGGUCUUCCUGGUGGCCUGUGAGAAGGUCUGGGGUGACGAGCAAAAGGACUUUGAUUGCAAUACCAAACAACCCGGUUGUCACAAUGUCUGCUACGACCAUUUCUUCCCCAUCUCCUACACCCGACUCUGGGCUCUCCAGCUGAUCUUUGUCACCUGCCCGUCCCUUCUCGUGACGCUCCAUGUGUCCUACAGGGAAGAACGCGAGCGCAAACAUCGGCUGAAGCACGGAGAGAACUGUGCCCCUCUGUACGAUAACACAGGCAAGAAGCGAGGAGGACUUUGGUGGACCUACUUCUUGAGCCUGCUGUUUAAGAUGGCGGUGGAUGGUGUGUUUGUUUUCCUCCUUUUCUACAUCUACGAGGCCACAUUCUUCCCACCAUUGGUGAAAUGCAACGAGGAGCCAUGUCCCAAUGUGGUGGACUGCUACAUUGCAAGGCCCACGGAGAAGAAAAUAUUCACCAUCUUCAUGGUGGUGACCAGCUUUGUAUGCAUAUUCCUCACUUUUUGUGAGGUCUUCUAUCUGUGUGGGAAGAGAUUCUUGGAGUGCUGCAAAAGUGGACCGAGCUCAGUGAGAGGAAACUCCUUCAAGAUGGUCAGAACUCCUCUGACUAGGAAGGAGAACGCGGCGUACAAUGAGCCCGUCUUGGAUAAGGCCAAGAUGGCCGACAAAGGCAAUGGAGACACUUCAGCCCCAGCGUACAGCAUAGCAGUCUCCUGAGAGACGAGAUGUAUUACAACUAAUGAGUUCGACUUGUGACAUGACUUGACAUGUGAGGUUGCUUUUGUACUGUUGGCCAGAUUUAUCUCCCAAAAAUUUGUGGUUUCAAAGAAAAUUUGUUUACAAAAGGUCAUGUCAUUUUGUUGUAUAUGUUUUUUUUUUUUUUUAAAUGUUUCUCUCUUAAUACUGUUGAGCUGAACAUGUAUAUAUCCUUUUUAAAGGUGUGUGAUCUACAAUAACUGAUGAUGCAGUAAAGGUGAUUUACUGUACUGUCUAUUUAUAUGAUUAUUUGUUAUGUAAUAUUAUUUUGUUAUCUGGACGGCCCAAAA